AUGAAAAAGUUUAAUUUUAUGUUUAAACUAUAUCAUGGACGUACAGAAUGUAGUGGUAGUACCCGCUUUAGCGGAAAUGAAAAUUAUAUAAAAUUAAAAAAAAUAUCUUAUGAUUUUUAUAAAGGUAGUAAAAUUAAUUUAUCAAAUGAAAGUAAUUAUGAAUAUGCAAUAAAAAUAAGUCAAACUGUUUCAAACUUUUAUAAAAAUAAAAUAUAUAAUAAUCAAAGUUAUAUACUAAUUUUUAAAGGACUCAUGAAUGUAUUAUUAAAAAUGAAAGAAAAAAAAAAAGUAGAAAAAGAAAAAGAAAAAAAACUAUUAAACAUCAUGAACAUAUUUGUAUUAUAUUUUAAAGACCAUAUAAAUAUUAUGAAUGAGCAAGAUGUAACAUUAUUAUUAGACACUAAUGGAAAAUGCAAUAUUAAUAAUAAAAUAAUAAACAAAUUAAUAAUUAAUAGGUUUGAUAAAAAUAAUAAUAAUAAUACAUUAUUUUAUAAGUUAAAUCCAAAAAGUGUUUGUAUUAUUUUAAAUAAUUUAUACAAACUUAGUAACAUAACAAACAUAAAUAUUGUUCAAGAUAUAUAUAACUAUUACAUUGUUAGCAAAUAUUAUAAUUACACCUUAAAACAACUUAUAAUUAUUUUACACUCCUUAAAUAAAUAUAACUUUCAAAGAUCUCAACUUAUAUAUAUGUUAAAUUAUAUAUCAUCAGAACUUUUAAAAUUGUAUGACCCUCCUUUUAAACCUAAUGAAAAUACAUUUAAACAUAAACAUUCAACAAAUUUGACUACACCUAAUACCCAUGUCAAACAUGAUACUACUACAAAUUCGAAAGAAAACCAAACACAUCAAGAUAAUAAUAAACAUAAAGAAAGUACCAAUAAUUUUACUUCACUUUUUUCUAAGAAUAAUAAAUAUGAAGUUAUUUUAUUAUAUGCCCUAAGCUGUUACAACUAUUGUAAUAAUAAUAUUAUCAACAUUUUAAUCAGACAAACAAAAAAUAAAAUCAUGACAACAUACAAUGAAAAAGAAAUAUGUAUGCUAAUUAAUUCGAUUUCUAAUUUUUUUGUUUUAAAAAAAAAUAAACAUUUUGAUAAACAUGCAAUAGGAGAAGACAAUUUUAUAAAUGACAAAAACAAAUUAUACAUGUCAAAUUUAAUUAAUAAUAUUAUUAAAUAUGAUCAAAUAUUUAAUUAUUAUUCCCAUUUUAGUAUCAUAUCUAUUUAUAUCUUUUUAUCAAAACUAAAUUAUUUUAAUUCUUAUAAAAAUAAACAAAUACAUGACAAAUUCACAAAUAAAAUAUUCUACAACACCACAAGUAAUAAUAAUUAUAUAAAGGAAGAAGAAAAAGAUGAAAAAAAAAUUCCUUAUUUUUUCCUUACUAAUAAUAAAGAUAUUACUGUAAAGACAUUAAUAAAUUUAUUAUUUUCUUUAUCUUUAAAUAAUAUAACUUGUCAUAAAUAUUAUAAUUUUGUUUUACACUAUUUUUAUUUAUUAACAAAAGAUUAUAUAACCCCCUUUAAUAAUAAACCAGAACAAAUUAAUUAUGAUAUAAAUAAGUUUAUUCAAUUUUUGUCAGUCCAAAAUAUACAACUACUUUGUAUUACAUACACAUAUUUGUUUGUAAAUAAUAUUCUAUUUAAAUUAAAUAUAAUUAAUUGUCAUUUAUUUUUAUUUCUUAUAAAUAAUUUUAAUUAUAUAAAUUCAAUGUAUCUAUCUCAGCAUGUGUCAUCAAAAAUACACAGUGAAAUAAAUGCAGUACUUACUACCUUAAAAAAAUCAAAACACAAUAAUUUGAAUAAUUAUAAACCUUCUGAGGAAAUACCAACCCAACAAAUAUUACACACUAAUGAAUGUUUUAUUUUUCCAUAUUAUAUAGAUAUAUAUUUGCGCCCAAUAUAA